CUCCAUUCAAUCAAGCUUGGUGUAAGUUCAGUGUGAUUAUAGUUUUCGAGCUGCUAGGGCCGUGAUGCAAGGUAACCGCUAGCGGUUAGUAGUAGAAUCUUCACGGUGAGCGCACGCGCACGUUGUGUAGAAUGGCGCUGAUAUUGAAAGCGGCUUGGCAGGGAUACAGAUAUGUGUUUGAAGAGCUUACUGACCCAAGAACAAACACAUGGUUCCUCGUCGCACGGCCGUACCAGGGCCUAACACUGCUCGGCCUGUAUCUCAUGUUCGUACUCAAAUGGGGCCCAGCCUACAUGAAGAACCGGCCUGCUUACAAUUUGGAAAAGGUCCUCAUUGCGUACAAUGCGAUACAAGUAUUGAUAUGUGCACGGAUAUUUAUAGGGUCUCUAAUCUACGCCUGGGCGUUUGACUACAAAUGGUUAUGUGAGCCCGUGGACUUCUCAACAGACGAGAAAGCGAUGCGUGUGGCUCGAUACGUAUACUCCUACUUCCUUGUCAAGAUUCUCGACCUGGCGGAUACCGUAUUCUUCGUACUGCGUAAGAAGAACAGUCACGUGACCUUCUUACACGUCUACCAUCACACGGGCAUGGUUAUGUUGACGUGGGGCGCUUCUACAUACUUCCCAGGGGGCCACGGAACCUUAAUUGGCGUGAUCAACUCAUUCGUCCAUGUGAUCAUGUACGGGUAUUAUCUCCUGACCGUGGCCGUGCCGAGUAUAAAGGAAUCCAUGUGGUGGAAGAAAUACAUCACACAGAUGCAAAUUUUGCAGUUCCUAAUGAUCAUAGUUCACAUGGCGACCCUGGUCUGGAAGACAGACUGUGCCUACCCCCGGUGGACCGCCGCCGUCUUUCUACCCCAGAACCUCUUCAUGCUCAUAUUGUUCAUAGACUUUUAUAUAAAAGCCUACAUAAAACCUAAGAAGUCCCAACUAAACAGUCUGCAAAAUGGUCAAAAUGGUAUCCAGAAUGGACAGAGUAAUGGUUACCUUAAAAAUGGAAAAAAUGGUGUUCAUAAAAAAAUUGCGUAGAUUUAAUUAACUUUAUACCUUAGAAUAAUUUAGCACCUAGUUCCUGUAUUUUUAAAUUAUAGUUUUAGCUACGUAGUUAUGCUCUUUACCAACUGUUAGUUAAUUAUAUUAAAAGAUAUAAAUAGCAAAUUCAAGCCGCAAAUUUAACAACGUCGCAAUUUAACGCAAUUUGCGUGCAAUUAUGUCUGUGGAGGCCUUAUAGUUUUGAGCAAUUUUUUAAAAGUAAAAAAGUAAUAUAAUCAUUUCAGUUCAGUUUAUGUUUCAGCUUUAAAACACGAUAUGAACAUACGAUUUUAUUUAUUUUCUAUUGGUAUUUAAUAAUAUUUAACAAUUUAUUUUGUACCUAGUAAUGGUACCAAAUAGAUGUAAGUAAUAAUGAUUAUCUUUGUAUAAUUAUUAAUAUAUUUUUACAAACAAGUUUGGGUACAAAUCAAAUUAUUUUAUUAUUAUUUUUUUAAAGUAGUCACACUACUAUAUAUAAAUUAAAAACUGUAAUAGAUGUCAUAUAUUAAAGAAAAAGUGUCGAAGCCCUCCAGUGGUGAAGGCCGCAUUCGAACCGGCGUCUUUAGCUAUCGCGGCUAACGCCAUGAACCCCUAGGCCAUCCCGCCACGACGGUACCCGUCCCAAUUUCUCGACUAUAUGCCAUCUUAGUAAGACUAGGCGUCUUUGACGAGCUCUAGGGGCAAGCAGUGUGCGCUUGCACCUCCUAAACAAAUUGCCUACGGAAUUACGUUAUAGAGAGAGAGACUGGUGCUGCCAUCUAUGAACAAGUUUGGGAACAAAUCAAAUUCUUUUCUUAAAUAAUUCCAACCCCCUCUCUACACGUUGGCCCAUCUUCGUGGGCCACUAUGAUGGUCCAUCGUGUAGAGGAGCCAUACGAUAGGUCAUUCAGGGAUGUGACCUGUGGGAGAGGUCCAUGAGGCUGGCCACAUUCCUCCGCUACGUGGCGAUGCCUAUUCUUUGGCCUAGGAAUGAGUUAGCCAUAGAGUCACCCGACGUCUCACUGAGUCUUUUUAAUAUGAGAGUAUACUAUUUAAAAUAUAUUAUAUUGUUUUUAUUAAAAUGUUUUUAUAUGACUGUAUUUAAUUUAUAGUGUGACAAUUUCAUAAUAUUUAUUAACAGUUAUAAUAAUUUUGCCGCUUAAUUUUGCUCAAAAUUAGCAUCUUCGGGCAAAUCCCUACCCUCAGAGCGUCUUCACAUUGUCCGAUCCGACAUCGGAUGUCGGAUGACCUUUGGAGAAAAACUGCUCCUAAAGAGUGCCUUAUGGCAUCAAGUCCUUACAAAAAGGUAUUAUUAUACUUUUAAUUUUUUUUGUGGUUGUAUUCGACAUCCGAUAUCGGAUCUUCAUUCUUCGCUCUCAGACAACAUAUUCU